UUUUUUGUUGUGUGAAUCUGAGGCCCCUUGUGUAGAAACCACAACACUCCUCCACCUCGGCAAAAAAAUGGACUUGUCGCAGGAGAUUGGCGACCUCAGCCACAUCCGCGGCAUUGUGAUUGGCAUUGGCGGCAUCUCCGAGACAAAGCUGCUCGAGCACUUUCGGCUGCUGCGAGAUUGCUCGCGUUCGAUCGCGCUCGCUGACUUUGCACUCCAGCUCGCCACGCCGGCCAUCGGAGCCGCGUUCCCGCGACUGGACACCAACCAGGCCGUCAUCAAGCUCGAUCUGGCCAUCGCGCCGUCCGUCUCGCCGUCGCCCGCGAGCACCCCUGCACCGUUGGCAUAUGGCAAUGCAGGCGCAGCAGCGAGUAACCAGCUGGCAAGCCCGGGCAGCGCAGCGAUUCCAGCAGGACCGUUAGGAUUGCCCAUUCCAGCUGCAUCUGCCUCUGCGUCUCCCUCUGCUGGCUCUGGAGGACCACCAGCCCCUGGCAUUCAGACACCCAUCGCAAGCAGAGCGGCCGGCGGGGCUGGAACACCAGCUGGCUCUUCGACGGCUACAACCUCAUCCAGCUCAGACAGCUUGAGCAGCCCGAGCGUCUCAGGCAGUGGCACGCCACUCGUGGCACGAUCUGCAACAGGAACACCCGCUGGAGCCGAGCUGUCUGCGGGUCCGCAACAGCAGCAACAGCAGCAGCGUCGUGCACCAAGUCCCAUUCCCCGAUCGUCGCCUCAAACUCCCGCCGUGCUCAGUGCAGCGCACGCAAGUCAGCCCAUUGUUGCUCCAGGCUUGUACAGUGCACCGACAAGCAUUCCGACCAUAGCGGCCCCGAAAACGACGCUGUUGAACGCCGGAUUCUCAUCUGCUCCCGGUUUCAACGACGAGCUGAUUGAUUUUCAUUUCUCCAAGCGAACGCUCGUGAUUUUCGGCAUCAUCAACUGCCAGCAUACAGUCGACCUGCGCCUCGCCUAUCGCGAGUUUCAGGCAGCAUGCAGUCAGUUUCCAACAGUUCUGGACGUGCGUUGCUUUGCGUUCGAACCCCAGGAUGCCCAGGAAGACAACGAAAAGCAUGUCAUUCUGAUUCCAAACCAGGCUCGCGAGCAUGUUCAGUUUUAUAUCAGCACCAUUCUGAACGAUAUGACCUUGUCCUUGGUUCAUCUACUUGCCGCUGCGCACCAUUCGAAAAUUGCCGAGAGAGAUGACAAAAAGCUCUUGCCAUCACUUCUUCUGGAGCGCACCGGCGGAAUCGACGACGCACGUUUUUACAACGCCAACCGAAAGAAAAUCGUCGGCCGGUUUGAAAAGCUUGCUGGCGACAUUUGUCUUCUGGUUGGAUCUCCUGACGAUGCAAUCGUUCAUUACACCGAAGCGAUCGAGCAGACGAAGUCUGCCAAUGAUUGGUUGUAUCUUGCUGGCUGUCUUGAAUGCUUUGCUGCCACAUUGCUCGUCAAGCACAAGAUGGGCGACCCACUUGUUCUGUCUGACUUUGUCGAAAAGUGCAAUGAUGCCCUUGCCAACUACACCAAGGUGAAGGGCGCAGGGCCGUUUGAGAUUGAACUGAUGGUCAAGCUUGCAAAGUUCUUCGUGGCGCGUCGUGCAUUCUUGGAAGCAGCGCAAGCGCUACAGGACAUUCCACGAGUUGAUGCGCAACUGUCCAUUGAUGAUCAGAUCCGAUUGGUCUCCUCUCUCAUCCUUUUGUACCAAGCCAUUAACUUUAAACGCAAGGCUGCCUUCUACAUGCGCCGCCUCUCGUUGUUGUUCACCAAGGGCGUCAACCGAACAGAUAUGGUUGUGAGCCACUAUCUGCUGCUCCAGUGCUUGCCCGCUCAUUUCCUGGGAAGCCUUUUUGAGUUUCUAAACCGUCCCAGUGAUAACUCGGCCGUGUUGCCGCUGUUGGAGACAUCCCUGCGUGCAUCAGGUCUGGGUUGGCAGGACCUGCAAGCGAGAAUCAUGCGCGAGCUGAUCUAUGCAUCCCGCCAUAUCAACGACCCAAAGAAGACCGUGCUGUACAUUUCAUACUUUUUGCACAGAUUGCACGACUUUUUGUCCCACAGCGAGCAAUGCGACCUGGCUCAAAAGCUGGCCACAUCGACUUCCAUGCUUCAGUUUGCUGGAGGUGGUUUGCUGUUCCAGAAGCUUCCCAACAUCCACCGCGUCUUCGUACCCACUCCCCCACCACAUUUGGAAAUCCGGAAGCGAGAGACGCAAGCUGUCAAAAAGGAGUUGUUCAUUUACACGCCUUUCGGCAAGCGCAGUGGACCUUCUCGAGAGAAGACAAUGUACUGGGCGCAGGGCGAGCUACUGCAGCUUCAAAUUGAACUUUCGAACGACAUGGCCUUCCCGAUGCUCGUGGAGGCCAUCCAGCUCACUACAUCGGGCUCGCCCUUUUCUAGCCUUCCCAUCAGCACCACGGUGCCUCCGCACACAGCUGCCAUGAACUUGUCCGUGUUUGGAACUGCAAAAGUACACGGCACAGUCCGCGUUCGCAGCGUCAUCUCGAGGGUGUUUGGCGUCAAUGCCGAGCAUGCCAUUCCGCCCAUUAGUCUCACGAUUGUUCCCGAGAUGCCAGUCAUGGAAAUCUUACUCAAUCCCAAUCCCACUCAGCACGGCACGACGUUGAAAAUGUAUCACGGCCAAUUCUUUGACACAUCCUUGAUUGUCACCAACUCGAGCAAUGUCGUCGUGGACUACUUUUCAUCCAAGCUGACAGUCAAAGCAGAGCCGGGCCACUUUUUCCAGCAACCUAGCGACACGUUGUCAACCGCGACGCUGACUUCCACGUCGUCUAAUAGCGAUGAAAUUGCGAGCCAGAAUGACCAGCCCUGCACCUUCCCGCAAUCAGCGGAAAUUGCUCGGCGAGGCAUCAUCCCGCUUCAGCCGGGCCACCAGGCAAGUCUGCCCUUGGGAGUGUGGGCCCUCCGUGGCUUUUGCGGAGCCACCCUCACCUGUGAAUAUGGCUCUACCGCCGUGCCCGACUUUUAUCGACAAUCCGUCAUCGACUUUCCCAUCGAGUCUGUGCCGCUGUUGGAGUUUAGCAACUUUGACAUUUUGGCAUCUUCCAGUGAUCACAUUGCCAGCUCUCAGGUUCUGCCAGAAAGCGCGACUCGCGAUUCUUUCUGCGUCCUGGCUCUCGACGUGACCAAUUCCUCGCAUGUCUCGGCGCAAGUGGCCUUCGCAGCUUGUGACGCCGCUACAGCCGUUUCGCAGACCCCUGUGACCAUGAAUGCCCUCUCUGCCAUGCGAGUCUAUCUCCCAAUUCGUCGGUUUGCUCUGUCGGAGCAGCUCCUCCGCACGGCUCCGCCACCAACUGACCCGUCUCGACAGUUUGUUGUCACACGCGAGCGACAAUGGUCCUCAGACGAGAUUGCCUUGUACUGGUUCCAGAAGAAGCUCGCGCAGCUCUACCGCGUGGAAUGGAGCCUGCCCAUGAGCAGUGUCCGUGGCUUAGUCCAACUCGACAACAUCCAGCUUUCGAAAGACGCUCUGAUACGGUUGCGACCCAAAGAGCUCUCUGUGGGGCUGUCUAUUGCUGGCGAGGCUGCCAUCGACCGUCAAACGGUGUGCUGCCCUCUGCUUGAAUUCGUACCAAUCACGCUUCGUGUGGCGAACUGUUCGGGCGAGGUGUUCUCGUCUCUUGAAUCGCGCGUCGAGGUGCUGUUGGAUUUGCACAACGGGCUGGUCGAGACCGACCUUUCGGCCCGAGUCAUGUGGACCGGAACCAUGUGCAUGCGGCACACCGAGCUCGCCCCAAACCAAGCGUGCGAUCACCAGAUACAAUUGCUCUUCCUUUCUCCGGGCACCUACACCCUCGUGCAAUCUGCGAGUGCAACUCGUGAAAAUUGUGCUGCAGCCGACACGGCGGAACGCUCGCGCAUUCGCCUUGUCGUUCGCUAGAGCGGCCACUUGUUAAUGGAUGUAUAUUACAAAGAUAAAUUACUGUACA